GAUCUGCAAACCAAGCCCGAAGAAAUGGCGGGAAAAGAAGAGCCUUCAUCUUCUUCUGCUUCGUCUUGUCCACUGAAAAUGCAGGAUUCCAGAGAUUCUCCGGUGUGUUGGCGAAAGCAGGUGGACGAUAACCUGAAGCGCCUCCACUCGCUUCAAUUCGGUGUCGACUUGGCUCUUGAGAGGCGCGACUUCUCUGCGGCUCAUGUCAUUGGACUUCGCCUCCUCGGCUUCCUCGACUCGCAUUCCCUCACCGACGUUGAUGAGGCCCUCACUCGACCGAUCCGCCGAGAAGCCGUCUCCAAGCUUGACACAGCUCGUCAAUCUCUCAUUCCUGAAUCUGAUCGACGAGCAUUUGAACAGGCUGGCAGAGCUCCUGGCCAUGUUUUUAGCAGGAAAGCUGAUAUUGACAUUGAGAAGGUUAAGCAGUCAAAGUAUUUCCAUGCUUUGCUUCAGCAAUAUAAUCUAAGGCCAACAAAUGGAAUGGGAGAGCAACCAGAUGGGAAGGACAGGUUAAACUGUAAGACAUCAAAGAUCAUAACACAGGCAAAGUUGACAUCCUUGUAUGGGAACAACAUCACAAAGGCAAAUACUAGUUCACAUAGAAGUUCUAUCAACUCCAAAACUAACAAUGGUGAUGAGUGCAUGGUUAUAGAAAGGGCUCAAUCAUAUCACAACCAUUCUAAAGGUCACGGUAUCUCUACUUACAUAAAAAUUGAAGAGGAAGAAAGAGGUCAUGGAAAUGCUUUGGGAUCAAAACGUUCACAUGAGGAAAUCAGUAGCCCCAAAAAUGACAAUGCAAAGUCACCAUCAAGCAACGAAGAAGCUAACACAGAUGUUUCUGGCAAUGGAUUUGUAACUGCAAGAGCAAAACUGGAAAUGGAUGCGAGGCAAAGAAAAGGAUUGACAGCAUCACCCAGUGCAUCUGCCUCCCCACAAAGUGAUAACCCAAGCAGGGGCUAUGGUGUAAGAUCAUAUGGUUUUCCACGACGUGGCGUUCGUGGUAACUUUGUUCCUCCUAUAAGAUCCAAUGGAGGCAACAAUGGAAAUAUGACAACCCGAGUUGCAGGAAAGAGUGAUGAUGCAGUAGAUGACUCAACAAGGAGAUGUUUGGAGAUGCUAUGUGGACCUGAUGGUGAGCUGCCUGAAAAAUUAAGGAAUUUGGAACCUCGUCUUAUUGAGCAUGUCAGUAAUGAGAUUAUGGAUCGGGAUCCUAAUGUCCGGUGGGAUGACAUUGCUGGCUUGGAGCAUGCUAAAAAAUGUGUGACCGAGAUGGUCAUAUGGCCUUUAUUACGCCCUGACAUAUUUAAAGGCUGUCGUUCCCCAGGGAGAGGUCUUCUUCUUUUUGGUCCACCAGGAACAGGUAAAACGAUGAUUGGUAAAGCUAUUGCUGGAGAGGCAAAAGCAACCUUUUUCUACAUAUCUGCCAGCUCUUUAACAAGCAAGUGGAUUGGUGAAGGUGAAAAAUUGGUAAGGGCCCUGUUUGGUGUUGCCAGCUGUCGCCAGCCUGCUGUAAUUUUUGUUGAUGAAAUAGAUUCGCUUCUUUCUCAGCGCAAGUCAGAAGGUGAGCAUGAAUCAAGUAGACGACUCAAAACACAGUUUCUAAUUGAAAUGGAAGGGUUCGAUAGUGGUAAUGAGCAGAUUUUACUUAUAGGAGCAACAAAUCGACCCCAGGAACUUGAUGAAGCUGCACGGAGGCGACUCACCAAAAGACUUUAUAUCCCCUUGCCUUCAUCAGAGGCGAGAGCCUGGAUUGUACGUAAUCUUCUAGAGAAGGAUGGUUUAUUCAAGCUGUCUAAGGAGGAAAUUGAUACCAUAUGCAAUCUGACAGAAGGCUAUUCAGGAUCAGACAUGAAGAACCUAGUGAAGGAUGCAUCCAUGGGUCCACUGAGAGAAGCUCUUAAACAGGGCAUAGAAAUUACUAAACUGAGAAAGGAGGAUAUGCGGCCAGUUACCCUCGAGGACUUCGAAAAGGCUUUGCAAGAAGUGAGGCCAUCUGUUUCGAUGAGUGAACUCGGCACAUAUGAUGAAUGGAACAAACAAUUUGGAAGCUUAUCACUCUAGGAUGGGAUAGUCCGAUGACUCUAGGUAAAAAGCCGGACGUACAAAACUAGCUGCAAUCUGAGUGGUGUGCGCGUACACUUAUUUCAAAGUGCCUUAAUAGUUGUUCAGUUUACAAAUAAAAAUAGAAUUGGUUGGUCAUAGCAUACAGAUCUUCCGCCAACCGAUAGUGCUUGACGAGGACUAUAAUUGCAAUUCUAUUAUAACAGCUCAUUAAUUAU